AAGACUGAGCCCACAGGCCUAGCUGGGGACUGGGGUGGGGGGAUCCCGAACUGGGUAGCUACCAUUCCACUGGGCUCAGGAGAUGGAACACAGCAGAGAGCCUGGGCCUGGCCAGCAGUCCUCCGAAGAUGAGAAAGAAGUGAUCCGCCGGGCCAUCCAAAAGGAGCUGAAAAUCAAGCAGGGAGUGGAGAACCUACGGCGUGUGGCCACAGAUCGCCGGCACCUGGGCCACGUGCAGCAGCUGCUGCGGUCCUCCAACCGCCGUCUAGAGCAGCUGCAUGGCGAGCUGCGGGAAUUGCAUGCCCGUGUCCUGCUGCCGGACUCGGCUGAGCCUGUGGCCUCAGGAGGUCGGCCACGAGCAGAGCAGUCACGGGCUCGGCAGCUGGAGGCUUUACAGAGGCAGCUGCAGGUGGAGCUGAAGGUCAAGCAGGGGGCUGAGAACAUGACUCACACAUAUGCCAGCGGGACCCCCAAGGAGAGGAAGCUCCUGGCAGCUGUCCAGCAGAUGCUGCGAGAUAGCCAACUGAAAGUGGCCCUGCUCCGGAUGAAGAUCAGCAGUCUGGAAGCCAAUGGAUCUCCAGAGCCAGGUGAGGCCUCACUAAACAGGGAGGGCCACGCUGUGCGGCUGGGGCUGAGGGCUGACCUCCACCCCGCAGGCCCCGAGCUCCUGGCAGAGGAGCUGCAGCACCGACUGCGCAUUGAGGCCGCUGUGGCCACAGGGGCCAAGAAUGUGGUUAAGCUCCUCGGUGGACAGAGGACGCAGGACCGGAAAGCACUGGCUGAGGCCCAGGCUCAGCUCCAGGAAUCCUCUCAGAAGCUAGACCUCCUGCAGCUGGCCUUGGAGCGGCUACUGGAGGGGCUCCCUACCACCCACUCCCUGAGAAGCCGGGUGGCCCGAGAGCUGCGGACAGCCAUGCUUGGGAAACCCCAGCCUUCUGGGACACUUGUGAAACCCACCGCUCUAACAGGGACAUUGCAGGUUCGCCUCCUGGGCUGUGAGCAGCUGUUGACCGCUGUGCCUGGACGUUCUCCAGUGGCGGCACUAGCAGGCACCUCGUGUGAGGGCUGGCUGCGGGCCAGGGCCAAGCAGCAGCGAGAGCUGACCAGUGAGGUGCUAGCUGUAUUAAAGGUGGACAACCGUGUUGUGGGCCAGACAGGCUGGGGCCAGGUGGCCCAGCAAUCUUGGGACCAGACCUUUGCCAUCUCCCUGGAACGAGCCCGUGAGCUGGAGAUCGGGGUGCACUGGCGGGACUGGCGCCAAUUGUGUGGUGUGGGCUUCCUGAGGCUCGAGGACUUCCUGGACAAUGCCUGCCACCAGCUCUCCCUCAGCCUGGUGCCCCAGGGACGGCUCUUUCUUCAGGUGACCUUCUGUGACCCUGUCAUUGAGAGGAGGCCACGCCUGCAGAGACAGAAACGCAUCUUCUCUAAGCGCAGAGGCCAGGACUUCCUGAGGGCUUCCCAGAUGAACCUCAGCAUGGCGGCUUGGGGGCGCCUGGUCAUGAACCUGCUACCCCCCUGCAACUCACCAAGCACAGUCAGCCCCCCCAGAGGGUGCCCUCCAACUCCACCUGUACCACACAGAGCCUGCAACCCUUCAUCCCCCAGUAAUGUCCUGCCCAAGAAGAUCUCCUUGGCAGAAGACAUGAGGCCCCCACCCAAGCCCCCACGCCUCUAUCUAGCACAGGAGCCAACCCCAGAAGAGACUCCGUGCACCAAACGCCCCCACAUGGAGCCUAGGACUGGACUAGUGCCCACUCCAGCUGCCUUACCCCCCAGGAGACUCCUCAGGCUUCAGGACUUCCACUGCUUGGCUCUACUAGGCAGGGGACACUUCGGGAAGGUCCUCCUGGUCCAGUUCAAGGGGACGGGGAAAUAUUAUGCCAUCAAAGCCCUGAAGAAGCAGGAGGUGCUAAGCCGAGACGAGAUUGAGAGCCUGUACUGUGAAAAGCGGAUCCUGGAGGCUGUGGGCCGCACAGGACACCCCUUCCUGCUCUCCCUUCUUGCCUGCUUCCAGACCUCCAGCCACGCCUGCUUUGUGACUGAGUUUGUACCUGGAGGUGACCUCAUGAUGCAGAUCCACGAGGACGUUUUUCCAGAGCCCCAGGCCUGCUUUUACCUGGCUUGCGUGGUCCUGGGGUUGCAGUUUCUACACGAAAAGAAGAUAAUCUACAGGGACCUGAAGUUGGAUAAUCUGCUGCUUGAUGCCCAGGGUUUCCUGAAGAUUGCAGACUUUGGACUUUGCAAGGAAGGAAUUGGUUUUGGAGACCGGACUAGCACCUUCUGUGGCACCCCUGAGUUCCUGGCCCCUGAGGUGCUGACCCAGGAAGAUUAUACACGAGCCGUGGACUGGUGGGGGCUGGGUGUGCUGCUCUAUGAGAUGUUAGUGGGUGAGUGCCCAUUCCCAGGGGACACAGAAGAGGAGGUGUUUGACUACAUCGUUAAUGCAGAUGCCCCAUACCCCCACUUCCUGUCAGUUCAGGGGCUCGAGCUCAUUCAGAAGCUCCUCCAGAAGUGCCCAGAGAAGCGUCUGGGGGCAGGAGAGCGGGACGCUGAGGAGAUCAAGGCCCAGCCAUUCUUCAGGACCACUGACUGGCAGGCCCUGCUUGCCCGAAACGUCCAGCCCCCCUUUGUGCCCAAACUCUGUGGCCCUGCUGACCUGCGCUACUUUGAGGGAGAGUUCACCAGGCUGCCGCCAACUCUGACCCCCCCUGCUCCUCGGAGUCUCCUCUCUGCUCGGCAACAGGCUGCCUUCCAGGACUUUGACUUUGUGUCCAAGGAAUUCCUGGAGUACUGAGGAACCUCUCUUGGCACCUCUGUCUCCCAAAACUGUUAGGAACCCCAUGUUAUGCCUGCCUGGGGCGCAGGCGUUGACGAGCCUGUGGUGAAUGGUCAGAUGGCUGCUGUCAGGAGGCCUUCCUCAGUGUUACUGUGUGAAGUGUGUCCUCUGUCCCCACUCCCUCCCAGCAAAGCACCUCUGCUUCUUGGAGAGAUCCGGGCCAGAAAAGGGAACCAGUGCACGGCACACUUUGGUUCGUCUUUUUAAUACUUUAUGGAUUAUUAAAUUAGUGAUAAAACUCUGCA